AUGGAAGAGAAGGAUUUAGAUUGUGGAGGAGAAACCAGUAACUCUCGCGAUCGAUUUAGCGAUUUACCACCUGAUAUCUUGUGCCGCAUUCUUUCUUGUAUACCAGUAACCGAAGCUGUGAGGACAAACUGCCUUUCCAAGAAUUGGAAGCUGUUAUGGGGUUCCACCGUUGUGGUCGAUUUGGACGAGAAUCGCUUCUCAAAACUCGCGAAAGAAGAGAUCAUUAAUGGUUCUUGGAUGGGAUCUGAUACUUACGAUCUCGCUUGGAGAAGAAAACUUGAGGAGAAAUACCAAUUGGAACAAGAACCGAUCCGUAAUUACAGGCCUUUGUGCUUCCUUUAUUACAGAGACAUUAGGUUUAUUUCUUGCGUCGAGCAGUGGAAUUCGUUUUUGCAAGAAAGAAAAGUCUCAACGUCAACGCGUCAUCUUCCUCGAUUCCCUGGUCGGAGAGAAGGCCCGGAUAGGAUCCGUUUCAAAUCUAUCUGCGACUCGCCUCCUUUCCCUUUCCUGCUCAAAUCACUUAAGGGUGUGAAAACAUACUCUUCCCCCUUAAGACCCUCUAUUUUCUCCAAUUCCCAGAGCUUUAGCUCUCUUGAGAUUGCAUUUCUUUUCAGCGUCCGUGUACAACAUAACUCACUGUCGUAUAUGAUCUCUAAUUGCCCGUGUUUGGUUUAUCUUCAUCUAAAGAAUUGUUCUUUGCCGACGAAUGUUGUUCUUUGUGCUCCUGAAUCGAAAUUGAAAUGCUUGAUCUUGGAUCGCUGUAAUUCUGAAGGUUAUCCUUUGAAUUCCUUGAAUAUAUGUUUGCCAAGUCUCUUGCGCUUUGAGUUUGUUGGGCUUCCACCUGUUUGCUUCAGUGCUACAAAUCUCUCUAAUCUACUUGAUGCUGAUGUGGGCUUUGAAUCCGAAUCCUCGAAUGGCAAUUACAAGAAAAUGUUCUCUGGCCUUUUCCAGGGUCUUGGUCAUGCCAGAGUUCUAAGACUUAGUAGCUGGUGUCUCGAGGUUAUUUCAAAAGUUGAGCCACUGGAAAGUUUAGCGGCAGCACUCGAAAAUCUGAAGCAUUUGAUGCUAAAGACAAGGCCAGACAAUCGAGAAUUUUUAUGUGUAGCCUGGUUGUUGCGGAACUGUCCUAAUAUGGAAGCUCUUUCAAUAGAUCUUGGUGGUUCUGUGCAUGUUAGUUCGGAUAAUAUAGACCCUUUUGGUUUUGUUGAAGAAGCAUGGUUGGAACUACAAUUGUUACGUUUAGAUUGGCCACUCCAUUAUCUUAAGAAGGUCCAGAUUAACAACUAUCAAUGCCGAAACAAUGAAAUAGUAUUUGUUAAGUAUCUCCUCAAGAAUUCAUUAAUUUUGAAGGAGUUGAUUAUCUCCCCUAAGAAUUUGUGGACGCCAGAGUUAAUGCCUGCUGUCGACCAGGAAGAGUUGAACUCCUUUCUAGAAAAGCUGAAAACCAGCCGGAAGCUAAUAUUAGCCCUUCCGAGGAUUUCUGUACAUGCUCAAGUAUCACUUUCAGAAGAUUUCUACAGGUUGUUGUAGAUGUAAAUUUUAUAUGUAGGAUUAGUAGUGAAUCUUUAGAUCCAACCAUACAUCAAACCCAACAGAAUGUGUACCAUAACAGCUCUUCUCUUGUGGCCCUUUCUUUUCAUGGUAACAUGUACCCUAAUACUAUGUAUAACCUGUAUAAUCUAUUUGUUUU